AUGCUGUGGCCGAGGUUGGGGGCGGCUGAGUGGACGGCGCUGGCCUUGGAGCUUCUCGGCGCCUCAGUGCUGCUGAUCGUGGUGCGUUGGCUAGUGCGGCAGCUGGAGAAGCGGCCUCGGGGCCUGGGCAGGAGUGAAGCCUCCGCCCCGCUGCCUCGCGUGUCUCCGGCCCCGGCUCCAGACUCAGGUGAAAUGACAAUGGAUACCAUCUUGGCUCGAUUGAAACUCCUGAAUCCAGAUGACCUUCGAGAAGAAAUUGUCAAAGCUGGAUUGAAGUGUGGACCCAUUACAAAAACCACAAGGUUCAUUUUUGAAAAAAAAUUAGCUCAGGCCUUAUUAGAACAAGGCAGAGUCGUGAUGUCUCCUCCUCUUGUGCGUGAUGUGGCAGACAUGACAGCGUUCAGCCAAGAAACACACAAGAGUUUAAAUUUUGCUCUAGGGAGCACCAAUGACCAGGCCAGAUUUUCUGAAGACAAAGAUUUUGGUUGUAACGUGGGCUUGAAUCCUCCCGAAGAGGAUGCCGCAAUGCCCAAGACUUGCUUGGCGACCUUCAGUGCACCAGUGGAUGUGGACGCCCACAGAGCCGCUGUGGCUGCCUCUAAGGAACCUCUUCUGUUCUAUGGAGUGUGCCCCGUGUAUGAGGACGUCCCCACGAAAAAUGAGAGGAUUCAUGUUUAUGAGGAUAAAAAGGAAGCCUUGCAGGCUGUCAAAAUGAUCAAGGGAUCUCGAUUUAAAGCUUUUCCAAGCAGAGAAGAGGCUGAAAAAUUUGCUCGAGGAAGUUGUGAUUAUUUCCCUUCUCCAAGCAAAACCACCUUAGCAGUGUCUCCUGUGAAAGUAACACCAAUACUUAGCAAUGGUGGGCUCAAAGAUGGUUUAUACUCAUCAGAGUCGGAAACUGUCAGCAAAGAGCGGGCCAACAGUUACAAAAAUCCUCGAACCCAGGACCUCACAGCCAAUCUGCGGAAGGCUGUGGAGAAAGGAGACACAGACACCUUUGCAGACCUUGUCUGGAGUAAUCCCCGGUAUCUCAUUGGCUCGGGGGACAAUCCCACCAUCGUACAGGAAGGAUGCCGGUACAAUGUCAUGCAUGUUGCUGCCAAGGAGAACCAGGCUUCUCUAUGCCAGUUGACCUUGGAGACUCUGGAGAACCCUGAGUUCAUGAGGCUCAUGUACCCGGACGAUGACGAGAACAUGCUGCAGAAACGCAUCUGUUACCUUGUUGACCUGUACCUGAACACCCCCGACAAGAUGGGCUAUGACACACCCUUGCAUUUUGCCUGCAAGUUUGGGAAUGCCGAUGUGGUCAACGUCCUUUCUUCCCACCCUUUGAUUGUGAAAAAUCCAAGGAAUAAAUAUAACAAGACCCCUGAAGAUGUAAUUUGUGAAAGAAGCAAAACCAAAUCUGUGGAAUUGAAGGAGCAGAUCAGAGAAUAUCUGCAGGGUCACUACUACGUACCGCUGCUGCGAGCAGAGGACAGAUCUUCUCCAGUGAUUGGGGAACUGUGGUCCUCAGACCAAACCGCUGAGAUGCCACCUACUGGCCGUUUUGGGGGCAGCCCUCGCGACCCCAUUCUGACCCUGAGAGCCUUCGUGGGGCCCUUGAGUCCAUCCAAAGCAGAAGGGUUCCGCAAACUCUGGAAAACUCCACCCCGGGAGAAAGCAGGUUUCUUCCAUAACGUCAGGAAAUCCGAUCCAGAAAGAGGCGUUGAGAGAGUCGGGAGGGACUUAGCGCAUGACCUGGGGUACCCCUGGGGUGAAUACUGGGAAUUCCUGGACUGUUUUAUUGAUCUGUCUUCCCAGGAGGGCCUUCAGAAACUAGAAGAAUAUCUCACUCAGCAAGAAAUGCAUAAAAAGACCCAACACGAAGCAGGAGAAAACGAAGCCCGUCUCCAGGACAGAACUUCCGCCUCUGGCAGCAACUCCAUCUCCAUGGGGGCAUUUCUAGAUGAAGACGAGGACAUGAGCUUGGAAGAAGUUAAAAAUUGGCAAAAUGCAGCUCGAAAUGCCAGCCUGCCCACUUCUGAGGCCUCUGGAAACAUCCUCCCUGUGGGGCAAGAUGGGUACCUCCCAGACAUCUUAGAUGCUAGUGGCACACACGGUGGCAGAAAUGGCUUCUGUGGUCCUCUGAGUCAGGCCAGGCCCCGGAGGGGGAAGAGGUCAGUGUCCCACACUGGGGAGGGCUCCCUCCUCUCCCCUGUCUCCAGUUUAACUGUUGAAUUUGAUAAACUGAAUCUACAAACUCUGCAAAGUAACCUUUGUAAGACUGCUAGCACCAAAGAAACUAAAGAUGAGAUCAUCCGGACUUCAAGAACAGACUCAGUGGGAAGUGAUUUGUUAGAACCUACUGGUGCUGCUGCCCAAGAGCUCGGGGCUAACAAAGCCAGGACGGACCGUGAGAUGUCAGCCGAGAUUGCAAGCAUGACCCUAGAUCCCGACUGUUGCAUGCACAAGGCCCCGUGUAGCUGCAGCUGUGCGUCUUCGGAGCCAGCCACCAUGCUCUUCUUGCUCGGAAAAGAACCAUCGAAAUUGGACCGGGAUGUGCUGGCUGCCCUCGAGAGUGCGGACAUUGAUCCUCGUCAGUAUCCGGCUGUCUUCAGGUGGAAGGAUGCUGUUCUGGCCUAUUCACCUUCAGACAGACAGAGUUGGCCGAGCCCUUCGUUGAAAGGACUCUUCAAGUCUCAGCGGCCAGAUCUCCGUUCUGCCCACAGCUGCAGCUUGGGAAGAUGCGGACCUGCUGCCGGCAGCCCUGGGAAGCCCAGUGUCUCUGUUCCUGGCCUGGGCAGCCCCCGGCGGUAUAGUCCUGUGCACAGAGGCCACCUCCGCAGGAUGGCUGAGCUGGCAGCCUUGUAA